AUGUCGAAUUCCUUAUUCGGAGGAGGCCAGUCAAGCCUCUUCUCCACGAACAAUACGCCAAGCGCCUUUGGCAACACUUCGACUACGCAAGCUCCUUCUGGCGGAUCUUUGUUUGGAGCACAGUCGCAAGCUCAACCACAGCCCGCCCAGUCUUCUAUCCUUGGACAAAGUCAAGCGCAAAAUAAUGCGGCGCAAAACUCGCGACCUUCGAACCAAGCGACGCAGCCCGCCUUUUUCAACAGCCUCUUGGAACGUGGUAAGAAGAGACCGCUUUCUGCAAUUGGUCAAAGCACAAAUUUCGAAGAGCUUCCCAGCCUCCAAUUGGGCCUCGAUGACAUUCGACGGAAGGCAAGAGAGCUUGGGUCCGGAGGAUCCAAGGAACCCCAACAUGGUCUCACCAGUAAAGGCCACUAUCUCCUUGCCGCAUCGGGCGUCUCACCUGGGCAUGCUCUGCGAGACCUCAAAGCCCUGGACCCUCAGGUUUCGAUAGCGACCCCUCCGAAAGAGCAGGACACGUUUGACCCGGACAAUCAAAAGUUCCUCAGGAACAUGCAGCAGCGUGGGCGCCAGGCAAUGAUUGCGGAGAGCCUCGCUCGGACCCACAAGGAUUUUGAUGCAUUCCUGGAGGAGAAGGUCGAUUUGGACUGGGAAGAACAGCGCCGGAAGAUUUUCCAGCAUUUCGGUCUAGCUCAGAAGGAUGAUACUGGUGACAUGAAAGGCUCUUUUGGCCGUUCCGCACGACAAUCCAAGCCGUUUGGUGCCGGUCCUUCAGGUGCUCGUAGGAGCGUCUUUGGACGGUCUGGCUUCGACAAGUCCGUUAUCGGUACACCUGGUCCUGUCGCAGCCAGUAACCAACUGUUCGAUGACCCGAUGGAGCGCAAUGAAGGCGCCGGUGUCCACUCCCCCGACUUGCGGUUCUUGCGUGAGAAGAUGGGUCAUUAUGCGGAGAAGGUUCAGCUCUUGAACUCCGCUCGGCUCCAGGCGCGCACAUUCCCAGUUCUUCACGAAUUUUCAGAGAUUGAGAAACACACGGGUGGUGAUGUCCCCCGGCAGCUUUUUGAUGCUUACCAGGCACUUAUUAGCAUUGUCAAGGAGCCUGUGAAUAUCACGAGCUCCUCAGACCCUGGUGCACUCAAAGAGAGGCAAUUUUGCGAAGACUACCUGGAUGAGACGCCAAAUUCUCGCAGAGUUGUAAACCUACGGAAACGCAUCGUUGAUGGGUCGAGAUCGUUUCUGGAAAACCUCUUCUACAACGAGAUCGAGGCUGCUAUUGCCAAAAACCCCCGAGAAGCGCAGCUUGGUGGUAUUCCGACUGUCAUCAAUAAAAUUCGUGCUUACAUCCGACUCAGGGCCGCCAGAAAAGACCUGGCCCCAGACGGAACCGAGCUACAGAUGGUUGGCCAGGAUUAUUGCUGGAUUCUCAUCUUCUAUCUGCUUCGUUGUGGAUUCGUCACGGAAGCGGCAGAAUAUGUGAGCCAGGAUCCUGGGUUCCGGUCACUGGAUCAUAAAUUUGUGACGUAUAUGACCACUUUUGCACAAAACAGACGGUUGCCGCGCGACCUGCAACAGAAGAUUAAUGGCGAGUACCAGCAGCGGUCGCGUAAUGCUCCAGACAAUACCGUCGACCCCUACCGGAUGGCUUGCUACAAGAUCAUUGGACGGUGUGAACUCAGCCGCAGACGCUUGGAUGGCGUGAGCCAGAGUGUUGAGGAUUGGAUGUGGCUGCAAUUCAGCUUGGCCAGAGAAGACGACCGCGCCGAGGAGGUGGCAGGUGAUGUCUUCGGCCUUGAGGACAUUCAGACCGACAUUACUGAAAUUGGACAACGAGUGUUUGGUAAGGGCCAGGAGGGACCUGGUGGUUACGGAACAUUCUUCCUCCUUCAAAUCCUGGGUGGAAUGUUCGAGCAAGCCAUCUCAUACCUUGGAUCUUAUGCACCCAUCAGCGCUGUGCACUUCGCGAUUGCCUUGGCGUACUAUGGUCUUCUGCGGGUGUCUGACCCCAACACCUCCGGUGAUGAGAUACUAUCGUUCACUGUGAAACAAUACCCGCAGAUCAACUUCGGUUAUCUCAUAACCCAAUACACGAGAGAAUUCCGCACAGGGCUUGUCGAAGCAGCUGUCGAUUAUUUCACUCUGCUCUGCCUGAAUGCAGACCUGCCUGGAUCUCUGGGCAAGAACCAAGCUUCUGUGUGCCACGAAGCCCUACGGGAAUUUAUCCUGGAGACCCGGGAUUUCGCCAAGUUGCUGGGCGACAUUCGGGCCGAUGGAACUCGCAUUAAGGGGUUGAUUGAGCAGCGGAUCAGUUUGAUCAAACUCGUCGAUCAGAAUGAGUUCCUUAGGACGAUUACUGUGCAGGCCGCUGCUGUGGCGGACGACAAGGGCUUGAUCACUGACGCUGUCCUCUUAUACCACCUUGCCGAGGACUACGAUCGCGUUAUCGACAUCAUCAACCGGGCGUUGUCUGAUUCGGUGGCUGUCGAGCUGGGCGGUCCUGCCUUGAAGUUGCAGCCUCUGCUGCCGCGGACCGAACAACAAGGCGUGGAGGAGUCGGUCGAACCCGGCAGCAGCCUCAGCCUGACGGCAGUUGAGGACCCGGUGGUAUUGGCGAAGAACAUGAUCGGUCUCUACAACACUAAUGCCCUUUAUUACCAACGCAUUCGCCAAGUAAACCGGGAUGCAUGUGGUCUGCUCCUCCGCAUGAUGGAGGCGAAGACAGAAGUCGAAGCUGGAAAAUGGACUCAAGCGCUAGAUGCCAUCAACGAGUUGAACAUCCUCCCUCUGAGGGCUCGAGGAUCAGUUCCUUAUAUCCGAAGCACUGCCCAGGCUUUCUCGUCCUUCCCUCCAAUCAUCUCCCGCAAUGUUGGCCAUGUAAUCAUGUGGAGCAUCACCUGUAUUGGUCGCGAGCGAGAGCGGUUGAACUCUGGGGCGUAUGAAAACGAGAUCAGACAGGGGCUGGCCGGCGAAUUGUUGGUUAUGGCUAAGGACUUGAUGAUUUUCUCUGGCAUGGUGAAGUACAAGCUCCCGCCACGAGUUUACGAGACGCUUGCGCGUGCUGGUGCCGAUAUUGGGGCGUAUUGA